AUGAGACAAGACGAGAUUUGCAAUAAUCCAACGGUUGAUGAAGGGGUGCUUGAGAAGAGCCAAUUCAAAGAUGCCGAUCGAGCACUUCACUUUCUUCGACACAAUGAAACGGGCGAGGAGAUGGCCAUCGUGGAUGAGAAGGCGCUUGUCAAGCGAAUUGAUUUUAUGAUCGUACCAAUGAUGUUUGCGUGUUACUUUCUCCAGUACUUGGACAAGAGUCUCCUCAACUACGCCGCUGUAAUGGGAAUAUUUGAAGAUGCGAGCCUUACUACGCAAGAAUAUGGUACUCUUUCGUGGCUCUUCUACCUCGGCUUCCUAGUCUUCGAGAUGCCGCACGCCUACUUCAUGCAGCGCCUGCCUGUAGGGAAGUAUCUCGGAACCAUGGUUUGUCUCUGGGGUGCUGUUGUUGCGUGCACUGCUGCAUGUAACAACUACGCAUCCCUAGCCGCCCUCCGUCUUCUUCUCGGAAUUUUCGAAUCUGCUGUUAGCCCAGCUCUCAUUCUCGUGACCUCGAUGUGGUAUAAGCGCCACGAGCAACCGAAGCGCAUCGGCUUCUGGUAUAUUGGCGUUGGCUGUGCGGUUAUGACCGGUUCGUUGAUGUCUUACGGUUUCCAGCACUACACCGGCGAUCGAUUCAACAAUUGGCAGAUCAUGUUUCUAUGCAUCGGCGCUCUAACCGUCUCUACGGGAAUCCUAGUUUUUCUCUUCCUCCCAGACAAUCCAAUGUCUUCACGACUAUCGCAUGCGGAGAAAGUCAUGGCUAUUGAGCGGUUACGAGUGAACAACACGGGCAUCGAAAACAAGCACUUCAAGCCGUAUCAAUUCUUCGAGGCGCUUCGUGACCCGCAGGUUUGGCUUCUCGCGUACAUCACAACGGGUGCAAGCAUUCCAAACGGUGCUGUUGGAUCCUUUCAAAGCGUAUUAAUCCGCAGCUUUGGUUUCUCGAACAAAGAAACUGCCCUAAUCCAGAUUCCGGGUGGAUUCAUCGCAGUCGUGAGUGUUAUCUUGGGGACCCAAAUUGCAGCGAGAUACAAUUGCCGUGGCCUUAUGCAGAUCGUAUGGACGGCGCUGGGGGGUAUUUUGGGCGGCAGUCUUAUCGCCUUCCUCCCGACUGAAAACAAAACCGGAAGGCUAGUUGGGAACUACUUUACACAUCUUACAGGCGCCUUUCUUCCGUUAUCUUACUCUUUUGCAGCUUCCAACUUUGCCGGCCACACCAAGAAAGUCACCAUGAACGCCAUUCUUCUAAUGUCCUUCUGCUUAGGCAAUAUCCUUGGUCCACUAACUUUCCGCAACGAUGACGCACCCGAGUUCGUCCCCGCUAAAGUUACUAUUGUCGCGGUAGAUUCUUCGGUCGUACUUGCAAUUGCGGCCUUACUUCUCUACUACCGAAGGGAGAAUAACCGGCGUGAUACAGCGGAUAUCGUACAUCAACAAGAUAUCGAAUUCAGCGAUAUGACGGACAAAGAGAACAAGGAGUUGAGGUAUAAAUUCUAA